UUGCAACAAGUGGCACCACUCUCAGCUGUUACUAUAAACCGAAAAUGUCAAAUUUUGUGCGCCGAUUUUGGUCCGCCGCUCGUUUUUGGCGCAACGUACGAAAGGCAGCGCAGCCGGUGAGUGGGAGUGAGUGCAAAAAUAUGUCUUCAGCUGAGAAAAGUGGUCUGGCGUUAAAGAAGUUACGUGAAUUCGGCUAUGCCUUUAAUGCAGCUGGACAACUGCGAAAGAUUGAUGAAGCCACUGGCGAGCCAGGUGAGGAGCCAUUCAAAUUUACGAUAUCUGACGAUCACGCCAAAAAUCAGGCACAUUACGAACAACUGGCUGAUCUUAUCCCUGAAAUUGUGUAUGAUCUACUAGAGCAAAAUGGAUUGAGUCGGAUUUAUGUUCCCGAUGAUGUACCACAGGAGCAGGCAACAUUCAUUUUCACAAAGCCCGAAAAGCUUUUAGAACCGAAGAAACUAAUUGUUCUUAUUCAUGGCAGUGGCUAUGUGCGAGCGGGCCAAUGGGCUAGAAGCCUCAUCAUCAACAAUUCACUCGACCACGGCACACAGAUACCAUAUAUAAAACGCGCAGAAUCACUUGGCUAUGAUAUAGUGGUGACCAAUACAAAUGACAAUUACCGCAUAAUCAACGGCGAGAGUCGCCCGAUACCGCGUCUUGGGUUUGCUGCCGCACACGCCAGAUAUGUUUGGGAAAAGUAUGUGAUGGCAUGCAAUCCAGAGAGCGUGGCUAUCGUAGCGCACAGCUACGGUGGCGCUAUUGCAAUGGAUUUGUCGAAUCGUUUCACCAAAUUUUUCGAAGAGAAAGUGUUUGCAAUUGCACUCACCGACUCGGCUCAUUAUCAAAUACCAACUGCAUCUAAGAAAAUUGUAUUGGAUAUCGCAUGCAAUUGGGUAUCGCAUGCAACAAAUCUCGACGCGGAAAUUUAUACCGGGGAGGGUGAAAUGCAUAGUGUAUCUGCUGGACAUUCGAAACAUGAGUGGACAUCGUAUUCGGCUUUUGAAUCAGUUUUCAAAUUCUUAGAAGAGAAAUAUGAACGUUUCAAUGCGCUGCGCACGGGAAGUAAAAAGGCAAAAACGGAAGUUUAAUGGUUUAUUCUAUGUGGAGUACAUUAUAAAAUGCAUCCAAUGAGUUCAUACAUGUAGUGGAUCUGCUAUCGAUAGUAUAGAUUUAAAAGUUAUUUUCGAUAUCACAAUGUAAAGACUUUUUAAUGAGACAUUCCAUGAAAAAGCUUUUCGCCCAAUUUUCCCGAUAUGUGUUGAUUGUUUGUGACUAACUGCCACACAGAAACGGAUAUCGUCUUUAGGCUUUAACAUUUUUUCUGCAUUUACACAUUUUUACUUGUCAUUAUCACUUAUAUCAAUUUAUUUAAUUUGAUUUCCACCACUUAGGCGCACUUCGGGAAACUUCAUUUCGUCAUUUUGAUGUAUGCGACAAUAAAACAAAACCCUUAAAACCCAAAUACUCAUUGACUAUGUACGCACACAGAUCGAUUACUGUGAGUGAUAGCGGUCAGUUUGCAAACACUUUCGGUGAAAGCGCGUAUAAAAAAUUCAAAAAACUGAAAAUAUGUGUAAAAAAUUAGGUUUUGUUAGGGGUGGUUUUUCUGUACUCCGGUCAGUGUGCUGACAAGCCAUCCCCGCAUUUGACUUGCUGUCACUGUUAAUAUCAUAGGCGGGUGUUACUUAUCACAUUACAUAAGCAUAAGGCUCAUAAAAAAACAACACGAGAUUUGGGAGUGCGAUGCCGGCACAAUUUAGUGUGGUGGGGGUGUUGCGGUGCAGUGGUUUUUGCAACAGCACUGAAUUCUACAUACAUUUUUGGGGAACGCUGACAGUCCUUGGAGCGGAUAUGUUAAAAAUCACAUGGAUGAGUUAAGGAAACGCAAAUAUGACAUAUCUAAGUGCAGUGAAAAUACGUUUUUUUUGUACUUUUAAAAAUAUUUGUAAUUUUUGUAUUUAAAUGUAAUGCAUUCCCAAUAAGAAAUGUGUACACAUUCCUGUAA